AUGGAGCUGCUUGAAGAAGAUCUCACGUGCCCAAUCUGUUGCAGUCUGUUUGAUGAUCCUCGAGUUUUGCCUUGCUCUCAUAACUUCUGCAAAAAAUGCCUAGAAGGGAUCUUAGAGGGGACUGGGCGGAACUCACUGUGGAGGUCAUCUCCAUUCAAGUGCCCCACAUGCCGAAAGGAAACUUCAGCCUCCGGAGUCAAUAGCCUGCAGGUUAACUACUCCCUGAAGGGUAUUGUGGAGAAGUAUAACAAGAUCAAGAUCUCUCCAAAAAUGCCAGUGUGCAAAGGACACUUGGGGCAGCCUCUCAACAUUUUCUGCCUGACUGAUAUGCAGCUGAUUUGUGGGAUCUGUGCUACACGUGGGGACCACGCCAGACAUGUCUUCUGCUCUAUCGAAGAUGCCUACGCGCAGGAGCGGGAUGCCUUCGAGUCCCUCUUCCAGAGCUUUCAGACCUGGCGCCGGGGAGACGCCCUUUCUCGUUUGGAUACCUUGGAAACUAACAAAAGGAAAUCUCUACAGUUACUGACUAAAGACUCAGAUAAAGUGAAGGAGUUUUUUGAGAAGUUACAACACACAUUAGAUCAAAAGAAGAAUGAAAUCCUGUCUGACUUUGAGACCAUGAAACUUGCAGUUAUGCAAGCCUAUGACCCAGAGAUUAACAAACUCAACACCAUCUUACAGGAACAACGGAUGGCCUUUAACAUCGCUGAGGCCUUCAAAGAUGUGUCAGAACCAAUCAUAUUUUUGCAACAGAUGCAGGAAUUCAGGGAAAAAAUAAAAGUAAUCAAGGAAACUCCUUUACCUCCCUCUAAUUUGCCCACAAGCCCUUUAAUGAAGAACUUUGAUACCAGUCAGUGGGAAGACAUAAAACUAGCAGAUGUGGAUAAACUUUCUUUGCCUCAAGACACUGGCAUACUCAUUGGCAAGAUUCCCUGGAGCUUUUAUAAGUUUGUAGUAGUCAUUCUGCUUGGCCUUUUCAUUUUCUUCAGUCCUAUAUUCCUAGAAUGGUCUUUAUUUGAUGAGUUCUCAACCUGGAAAGACCAUCUUUCACAUUUCAGUUCCUAUCUGACUAAGUCGCCUGAUUUUAUAGAACAAUCAGUUUUUUACUGGGAACAGGUGACAGAUGGGUUUUUCAUUUUCAGUGAAAGAUUCAAGAAUUUUACUUUGGUGGUGCUGAAUAAUGUGGCAGAAUUUAUGUGCAAAUAUAAACUACUAUAA